AAUUCUUUUUAUCUGACAAAGGGUUAAAAAUAGAUACCAGAGAGGCGCUAUAGUUUGUCUUCUCUAAAGCAGCGACUGGUUUUACCUCAUUCCAUAGGCCUCUGGCUGUCAGGUAGAGAGCAGAUGAUUUUUCUGACACCCUCACGUAAAGUUCUGAAUCCAGGCUGACUCUUUCCGUCCUGCGUAGGUGAGACUGCGAGCAGGAAACCUGGAGAGAGAGAGAUGGCGAAGAGUGAAGAAUAGUCCUACUCUCCAGAUCCUGGUUGUCUGUGAAGCCAUUGCAUGCAGAUCCCGUGCAGCAUCAUGUGCCAUCUAUGGAGGUUCUACAGCUCUUUUCCAAGAACUUUGUAAAGGACCUUAAAUGAUGUUUCAUGUUCUUCUACCAGUUUUACCUUGCGCCUACUUUUUCCUGGAGCAAAAGACAAUAAUAGUUGACACAGAUGCCAGAGAAUAGCAGGGCUCACUUGGGCCCUUAUCCACCACGAUGGAAAAGUGGAAAAGAAGGUCUUUCCUAUGAGUCGCACUAUCGUAUGAGCCAGCAGUACCCAGUGAUCCUGCUCCUGCUGCUCAUCAUCUUGGCAAUAUGCUGCGCGCUCAUAGCUGUUACCUUUGGCACUGGCCGGACCUUCUCCGACAACGUGGGCUUCCUGAUAAGUGUUUUCUGCGCCCUGGGAGUGUUCACUUUACUCUUCAUUCUGGUGUGCAUAAAAAGUGUGCUGCAGAAGGGGAUGAAACUGUUGGCUCUUAUCAUCUGGGGAUGCUUAGUCGCCAUGGGCUAUGCCUUUAUAUUCACAAGCACCAUUGUGACUCCAUGGGAUCAGGUAUACUGGACGCUGUUUGUGACGGUCAGCCUGUACACCAUGCUACCUUUAAGUAUGAAAGUGGCAAUAUUUGCUGGGCUUAGCUGCUCCCUAUCACAUAUCAUUGUCCUCAGUGCUUACGUAUCUUCAUCAAGUCACCCGCCUGCCGGGGAAUUCGCCUUGCAGAUUAUAGCAGAUGUGGUCAUCUUGCUGUGUGGCAAUGUGGUUGGCGGUUAUCACAAGCGGGUCACCGAAAGUGCAUUAAAAGACACCUACCAUGAAGCUAUCAACUUCAUUCAUUCCCGCCGCAAAUUGUACUCGCAGGAGAGGCAGCAGGAGCAGCUGUUGCUUUCAAUUCUGCCACAGUAUAUUGCAACAGAGAUGAAAGAAGAGAUCAUAGCGAGAUUAAAAGACAAGAGACCGCAGCAAGAAAGUACUAAUAACUUCCAUAAUCUGUACAUCAAGCGGCACAAAGAUGUAAGCAUCCUGUAUGCAGAUAUCGUGGGCUUCACGCUACUUUCCAGUGAGUGCUCCCCCAAAGAGUUGGUACUCAUGUUGAAUGAGCUUUUUGGGAAGUUCGACCAGAUUGCAAAGGAAAAUAAUUGCAUGCGCAUCAAGAUUUUGGGUGACUGCUAUUACUGUGUGUCAGGGCUACCAGAAUGCUUGCCAGACCAUGCCAAGAACUGCGUCCAAAUGGGCUUAGAUAUGUGCCAGGCUAUCCGGAAAUUACGCAAAGCCACAGGUGUAGAUAUUAAUAUGCGCGUUGGGGUGCAUUCGGGAAAUGUGUUGUGUGGGGUGAUUGGGCUCCAGAAGUGGCAGUAUGAUGUCUGGUCACAUGAUGUAACACUGGCCAAUCACAUGGAAGCAGGAGGAGUGCCAGGGAGAGUGCACAUCACAGAAGCUACUUUAUCACACCUCGAUGGUGACUACGAAGUUGAAGAUGUAACAUAUAGACAGAGAGAUCCGUAUCUUAAAGAAAAUAACACAAAAACUUACUUGGUCAUUGAUCCCAGAACUAGUGCUGACAGCGAGGAAGAUGACAUACUGCCUACAAAGUCUUCCGAGGUCACCAAGACACGGGCAUCUGUCCGUAUGACACGCUAUCUGGAAUCUUGGGGAGCAGCUAAACCAUUUGCACAUCUAAAUCAUAGAGACAGCCUAAUACCGGAAAACCUCAGCACCUCCCGCAUUAUGGAACUACCAAUGUCUGCAAUGCCUCAGUUCGGGAAUACUGACAAGUAUCGAUCUCCAAAAGAAGCAAAUGAGUCAUCAACUGAUAACAGUAUCUCCAGUAUUUUGGAAGAACUUAAAUCGUUGAGGCAAUGGAAAAAAUCUGAUGAUUUUAACCGGGUCACUUUGUAUUUCAACCAGAAAGACAUAGAAAAAGAGUACCGACUCUCAGACUUGCCAUCCUUCAAGUAUUACACCGCCUGUUGCUUCUUCAUCUUUGUUUGUAACUUUGUAGUCCAGAUGCUGGUAUCUCCCAAGACCAGCACCCUUGGCAUCUCAUAUGGCAUUUCAUUCUUCUUAUUUCUACUUUUCCUAUUUGCCUGCUUUGCUGGACAUCUCUCUAAAUGUAUCCUUAAAGGCCCCCAACUUCUCCACUGGGUUCCUUCCCUCUCCUCUGCUCUCUCCAGCCGGCCCUGGUUGAGAGUGCCCUUUGGAAUCCUGACUGUUCUCACUGUGCUGUUUAUGGCAGUGUUUAACUUGUUCUUUUUACCAGAAACAUUGUGUCGAGUUGAGUCCAUGAAUGCAUCCACUUCAGCCACUGAAGUCGAAAUGCCAUACAGUUUGCCGUAUUACAUGUACUGCUGCAUUCUGGGGCUGCUCGCUUGCUCUGCAUUCCUGCUCAUGAACUUUGAAGUCAAGCUGAUCCUGCUGAGCAUCGCCCUGGUGAUAUACAAUAUAAUCUUCUUGCACACUCACAGCUGGCUAUCUGACUGUUACAUUGAUUUGCUGUCUAAGAGCCAGAACAUUUCCAGGCUAGGACUCCUAAAGGAGCCGAAAAUGAUGGGCAGUGUUUCAUUAUUCAUCUUCUUCUUAACCCUCUUGGCACUGGCCCGGCAGAACGAAUUUUACUGUCGGCUUGACUUUCUUUGGAAAAGGAAGUUUAAAAUGGAGCGUGAACGUAUUGAGACCAUGGAGAAUCUUAAUCGUGUUCUGCUGGAAAAUGUCCUUCCAGCUGAUGUAGCCCAGCAGUUUAUUGGGCAGAACCUUAGGAAUGAGGACCUGUAUUACCAGUCUUAUGACUGUGUCUGUGUCAUGUUUGCAUCAAUACCUGACUUCAAGGAAUUUUACACAGAAUGUGAUGAAAACCACGAGGGCUUGGAGUGUCUGCGUCUACUUAAUGAGAUAAUAGCAGAUUUUGAUGAGCUGCUUUCAAAACCGAAAUUCAGCAGUGUUGAAAAAAUCAAAACCAUCGGCAGUGCAUAUAUGGCAGCAACAGGAUUAAACGCUACAUCAGGACAAGAAAACCCACAGGAUGGAGACAGGAAUUAUAACCAUAUUGGCAUCAUGGUAGAGUUUGCUACUGCCCUUAUAGGAAAGCUGGACUUGAUCAAUAAGCACUCUUUUAACAAUUUCAAGCUGCGUGUUGGUAUUAAUCACGGACCUGUAGUUGCUGGGGUUAUAGGAGCCCAAAAGCCUCAAUAUGACAUCUGGGGUAACACAGUAAAUGUGGCAAGCCGAAUGGACAGCACAGGUGUACUUGGGAAAAUUCAGGUCACUGAAGAAACCAGUAAAGUCCUUCAGAAGUUAGGAUACACCUGUGAUCGCAGAGGGGUCAUCAAGGUUAAGGGCAAAGGUCAAUUGUGCACCUAUUUUGUUUCCACUGAUAUGGCACGUUCAGGUUCCCAGGGAAAUGUCCUGAAUUAGGUUUUGCAGUGGCAACUGGACUUGCACAGUGGACUUUCUAAGGCAAAAACCCAUCCUUUUUUGAACAUUUUUGUUAGCGUUCGACUACCAGAAUAUAACAAAGAAGCUGAUCUGUUCAUGACUAACAUAUCAAAAUAUUUUAGGACAAUCAUGACCUGGCAGUGAGGAUGCAUUCAGUCGCUAGCUGUGGAUCAAGGAAAAUAAUUUGUGCAUUAUGCCAACUUCAGGAUAUCAGCACAUAUUCAGCGGGCACUGCCAUACAGCACAAACCAAGAACCACUGAUGUUGUAUUCUUGGAAGUACAUGGACAAAGAAAUUGGAUUGUGUCAUGUCAUUUGCAGUGCAAAAUGACAUAGAAACUGUUAGAAACCUGCCAAAGGACCGUGUCAUAUCUCCCCCCUGUGGGGACUCUGUGUAUUGCUUCAAAAGAAAUGUGUGUCCAGCCUGUGAUACAACUCUGAGUAGAAUAACUGGAAAUGUGAAAGAAAAUGAGCAGUCUGGGACUGGCCCGCAAGAGACUACUACAGAUGUGUUUCCUGUAUUGUAAUACAUUCAGUACAGCACUGAACGUAUUGCUCUGUACAUAGCUAUAUUUAUAUACUGCAGCAUCAUUACCGUUGUAUUUAUUCAUCGUAAUAAAUUCUUGUUAAUAAA